GAUGGAUUCAUACUCAGUUUUCACAGUGACGUUCUUCGAUCGUACGAACAUAAUACAACAGAUAUAAUAUCAUUUUCGAAUUUACGAUGGUACUUGCGGAAUUAAUCGGGGUCUUCAUUUUUGCCUUGAGCAUCUUGUAUGUUUAUUAUAAAUUUGUGAUAUUUAAUUUCUGGCACAAGAGAGGUGUUUUUUAUAUUAAACCCGUUGUACCCGUCGGAAAUUUAACAGAUCUUCUAAUUGGAAAGGUGUCAGUAGGCGAAUUCUUCAAGAAUGCUUAUAUGAAAUAUAAGGAUCAUCGCGCUUUUGGAAUGUAUACGUUAUUUAAACCAAAUUUAAUAGUCGCCGAUCCCGAUCUUAUUCGAACGGUAUUGACAAAGGAAUUCGGGAGUUUCCAUGAUCGUGGAAUGUACUUCAACGAAAAAGUUGACCCGUUGUCCGCCCAUUUGUUUCUUAUGCCCGGAAAAAAAUGGCGAAAUUUACGCGUCAAAUUGACACCAACUUUUACUUCAGGAAAAAUGAAACAGAUGUUUCCGAUUAUGAAAGAAUAUAGCGAAAAACUUGCAAAGUGUUUAAAUGAAAAAGCACAAAUGAGAGAUUCCAUUGAAAUGAAAGACAUGCUUGCAAGAUAUUCGACGGAUGUGAUCAUGUCAACAGCUUUUGGUAUCGAAUCUAAUUGCAUUGAGGAUCCUAAUAACAAGUAUCGAGGCUACCAAAAAAAGAUUUUAGAGAUACAUCCAAUUUGGAUUGCCUUAUCUAUGUUUGCACCGAAAGUUAUGGAUUUUUUUUGCAUCCCCUUCACGGACCAAAGCGUCACCAGUUUCUAUACAAAUAUGUUUCGAGAGACUGUAGAAUAUAGGCAAUCUCAUAAUAUCGUUAGAUAUGACUUCGUGAAUCUGCUUUUACAACUAAUGAAGAGGGACUAUGUUGAUCCUGAUGAUGACAAGAAGAUCACCAACGUAUCAUCAACUGUGAAUAAACUUACCCUGACAGAAGCGACUGCGCAAAGUUACGUCUUCUUCGUAGCUGGCUUCGAAACCUCCUCAACAACGGCAACGUAUGCUCUGUAUGAAUUAGCUCAACAUCAAGAUAUUCAAGACAAAGUUCGCAAGGAAAUCGACGAAGUAUUGCAAAAGCAUGGUGAACUGACCUACGACGCUGUGUGCGACAUGACAUAUCUUCAUAAAGUAGUAAAUGAGACUUUGAGAAAAUAUCCACCUCUUCCUGUCUUGAAUCGCGUUUGUACCAAAGAAAUAACAUUACCUACAACAAACAUUCGUGUGCCAGAAGGAACAUUAAUAACUAUACCGAUAUUUGGCUUACAUCGAGAUCCGUCGAUAUACCCGAAUCCAGAUAAAUUUGACCCCGAACGAUUCAACGCAGACGAAAUAGAAGCAAGGCAUUCCUACGCUUAUUUGCCAUUCGGAGAAGGCCCACGAAACUGUAUUGGUUCGCGAUUUGGCUAUGCGCAAACAAAGGUUGGACUCGUGAGUCUUUUGUCGAGAUAUAUAAUUAAGCUUCACCCCCGGACUCCGGUCCCACUUAUCUUCAGCGAAAGUAGUCUCAUUCUCACAGCGAAAAGUGGUGUGCACUUUAUUAUUGAACCACGAAAAAUGCUGUUUAGUACACAUUUGUCAUCAUAUUUCAGAUUUACGAUGGUACUUGCGGAAUUAAUUGGGGUCUCCAUCUUUGCCUUGAGCAUCUUGUAUAUUUAUUAUAAAUUUGUGAUAUUUAAUUUCUGGCACAAGAGAGGUGUUUUUUAUGUUAAACCCGUUGUACCCACCGGUAAUUUAACAGAUCUUGUAACUGGAAAAAUGUCAGCAGGCCAACUCUUUCAGAAUGCUUACAUAAAAUAUAAGGAUCAUCGCGCUUUUGGAAUGUAUACAUUAUUUAAACCAAAUUUGGUUAUCGCCGAUCCUGAUCUUAUUCGAACGGUAUUGACAAAGGAAUUCGGGAGUUUUCAUGAUCGUGGACUGUACUUCAACGAAAAAGUUGACCCGUUGUCCGGCAAUUUGGUUCUUUUACCUGGAAAAAAAUGGCGAAAUUUACGUGUCAAAUUGACAUCAACUUUUUCUUCAGGAAAAAUAAAACAGAUGUUCCCGAUUAUGAAAGUAUAUAGCGAAAAACUUGCAAUGUAUCUAAAAGAAAAAGCACAAAUGAGAGAUUCCAUUGAGAUGAAAGACAUGUUGCAAAGAUAUUCAACGGAUGUGAUCAUGUCAACAGCUCUUGGUGUCGAAUCUGAUUGCAUUGAGGAUCCCAAUAAUAUAUACCAAAUCUACCAAAAGAAGAUUGUAGAGGUAAAUCCGAUUUGGGUUGCUUUGUCAAUGUUUGCGCCGGGAAUUAUGGAUUUCUUUUCCAUCCCUGCUACGGACCGAUACGUCACAAACUUCUAUUUGAAUAUUUUUCGAGAGACUGUAGAAUAUAGGCAAUCUCAUAAUAUCGUUAAACAUGAUUUCGUGAAUCUGCUCAUACAACUAAUGAAGAGGAACUAUGUUGAUCCUGAUGACAAGAAGACUACAAACGUGUCAUCGACUGUUAAUAAACUUACCAUGACAGAAGCGGCUGCGACAAGUUAUGGUUUGUUCCUAGGGGGUUUCGAAACCUCCGCAACAACGGCGACAUUUGCUUUGUAUGAGUUAGCUCAACAUCAAGAUAUUCAAGACAAAGUUUGCAAGGAAAUCGACAAAGUAUUGGAAAAGCAUGGUGAACUGACCUACGACGCUGUCAGCGAAAUGACAUAUCUUCAUAAAGUAAUAAAUGAGACAAUGAGAAAAUAUCCACCUAUUCCUCUCGUGAAUCGCAUUUGUACCAAAGAAAUUAACUUACCGACAACGAACAUUCAUGUGCCAAAAGGAACAUUAAUAACUAUACCGAUAAUUGGCUUACAUCGAGAUCCGUCGAUAUACCCGAAUCCAGAUAAAUUUGACCCUGAACGAUUCAACGCAGACGAAAUAGAAGCAAGGCAUUCCUAUGCUUAUUUGCCAUUCGGAGAAGGCCCGCGAAACUGUAUCGGUUCGCGAUUUGGCUAUAUGCAAAUAAAGGCUGGACUCGUAAGUCUUCUGUCGAGAUAUACAUUUAAACUUCAUCCCCAGACUCCAGUCCCACUUAUUUUCAGCGAAAAAGGUUUCACUCUCAUAGCGAAAACUGGUGUGUACCUUAUUAUUGAGCCACGAAAAUAAUUGUGACCUUAUAAGACAGAUAUCAGCAAUGAAAAAUAUUAUAGGACAAAUCCACUUUAUGUAUCAAUUCUUUUGUUCUUAUUGUACCUAAUUGUUUCUGUAUACUAUAUAUUAUUAUACUCUUACGUUACGCUUUAUUAUUACAUAUAAUA